GCGGGUGAUAUUCCCCCGAGAGAGGAGUCCUGUGUCUUUCAUCCCGUGUGCUGUCCCCCCGGGUCCAGAACAGUGAACCCCGGGCUGGAGCAGGACCAUUCUGCUGCCUCUUCCAGGUUCUCCAACUCCCUGGCUUACUACGGGCUGGCCAUAGACCUGCAGAAGUUUGGACUCAGCAUAUACCUGGUCCAGGUCCUGUUUGGGGUCUUAGACAUCCCGGCCAUGCUGGUAGCCACCACCACCAUGAUUUACGUGGGCCGCCGGGCCACAGUGGCUUCCUUCCUCCUCCUGGCGGGGCUCAUGGUGAUCGCGAACAUGUUUGUGCCAGAAGACAUGCAGGCCUUGCGCGUGGCCCAGGCGGCACUCGGCAAAGGCUGCCUGGCCAGUUCCUUCAUCUGUGUGUACCUGUUCACGGGCGAGCUGUACCCCACAGAGAUCAGGCAGAUGGGGAUGGGCUUUGCUUCGGUCAGUGCCCGCUUUGGGGGUCUGACUGCACCCCUGGUCACCACGCUUGGGGAGUUCAGCACCAUCCUGCCGCCCUUGGGCUUCGGGGCCACCUCGAUCCUGGCCGGCCUGGCUGUCUGCUUCCUGGCUGAGACCCGCAACGCGCCCCUGGUGGAGACCGUCGAGGCCAUGGAGAGGAG